UCCACCGGAAAGAAAGUUUCCCAUUUCCUUUAAUGACGGCUGAAUGCGGAAGUGCCGCUCCAGACGAAUUGCGACUCUUGUUAUUUUCAAAUGUUGGACAUUUGACAGUUGUACUUUAUGGACCUGUAUCUUCGCGAUUAGGAUUGAUUACAGCCCUUGGAUUUAAAAUGGCACUCUACUCGCGUCUACAGUAACUCAUACACACAUAGACUAAAUGUAUAAUGGUAUACAUAGCUAGCCAUAAGACUGGACGUUUUUGUUAUUGUUGGGGCAAACAAAACCUUAUUUGCACGUCACGAAUCAGAUCAUCAGGAUGGAAAAUGCCACUGCAGCCACUGAAGGAGAAGGGUUCCUCUCCAGAAUGGCCCUCAACGACAACAAAGCUGGUAUGGAGGGUCUUGACAGAGACAAAAUCAACAAGAUUAUCAUGGAGUCAUCGAAGGGAUCCAAGUUUUAUGAGAAUGAGCUAAAGAGAGAGCAUCAGGUGAACCAGCGCAUUGAGAAAAUGAUGCUCCAAAAAGCACAUAUCACAGACCAGCAGUUAAAGAGAGCCCAAGAUCAGGUGGAGAGGACGGCCUCUGAGCUGGAGAAGAGUCGUGAUCUAAGCCGCGUGAUUGUGCAUGUGGACAUGGACGCGUUCUACGCUGCAGUGGAAAUGAGAGACUGUCCUGACCUCAAGGACAAGCCCAUGGCUGUCGGAUCCAUGAGCAUGCUGUCCACAUCCAACUACUAUGCCAGGAAAUAUGGCGUUCGGGCAGCCAUGCCAGGAUUCAUAGCCAAAAAACUUUGUCCCCACUUAGUCAUUGUUCCAUGCAACUUUGAUAAAUACAAAUCGGUGAGCAAUGAGAUUAGGGAGAUAUUUGCAGACUAUGAUCCUCAGUUCCAGCCUAUGAGUCUGGACGAAGCCUAUCUGGACUUUACAGAGCACCUGGAACUGAGGAACAGCUGGCCAGAGGCCUCACGAACACAUCGCUACAGAUCCAGCAGCACUGAUAUAGGUGUAGAGCAACCUGAGCACCAAGAGGAAUCAGAGGUGAAAGGGUUCUCCCCUGUGCUGUUUGAGGAAAGCCCGAGUUCCAUUUCUGAAGCUGCUGCAACUGGUAAAGCCGUUGAGGUUUUUGGUACGUCAGUUGAGGAGGCUGUGAGGGAAAUGCGCUUCCGCAUUGAGCAGAAGACCAUGCUGACUGCCAGUGCAGGCAUUGCUCCAAACAUGAUGCUGGCCAAGGUAUGCAGUGACAAGAACAAGCCUAACGGACAGUACAGACUUGCAUCCACCAGAGAGGCUGUCAUGGACUUCAUCCAGAACCUCCCAGUUCGCAAAGUUUCGGGCAUAGGGAAGGUGAGUGAGAAGAUGCUGAAAGGUCUGGACAUCAGUAGCUGUGCUCAUCUGGGGCAGCAGAUGGCGAUGUUGUCAUUGUUGUUCUCCGAGACAGCCUGGCAUCACUUCAUGCAGGUUUCCCUGGGUCUGGGCUCCACGUACAUUGUAAGGAACGAAGGAAGGAAAAGCAUGAGCACUGAGAGAACCUUUAAGGAACUGAGCAGACCUGAUGAGCAGCUGUCUGUAUGCAGAGAACUUUGUGAAGACUUAGCACAAGACAUGAAGAGAGAAGAUCUCAAGGGCAAAGGCAUCACACUGAAGCUGAAGAAUGUGAAUUUUGAGGUGAAAACCAGGGCAUUGACGCUACACUGUGCCAUCGCCACCGCGGAUGAGAUCUUUGCUGUGGCCAAAGACCUUCUUAAGACGGAAACAGAGCACGAAAGUCCACAGCCACUCAGAUUGAGGCUCAUGGGUGUUCGUAUCUCUGCCUUUGUCAGCCCGAAUGAUAAAAAGCCUCUGCAGAAGAGCAUCGUUGGUUUCCUCCAAUCGGAGAAGGCAGACAGCCAAGGCUCCACCCAGGAAGUACGUCAACAGUUUGAUGGGGAUCGUCUCUCUUCUUGUCCUCUCACAGGACAGACGUGUCUGACUAAAGAGGAGGUUCCUUGGGAGAUCAAGAAAAAGGGCUUGCUGGAGGAUCAACCCGCUGAUAGACAUCAGCUGUCUUUCUUUCAAAGAGCUUAUGCCAAGAGACUGCAGCUCCAACUUUGUACACAAGAGCGACCAAAUAAGGAGACGGCAUCUGUAGUUGCGCUCAGAGAUGAUGAUGAUCGCAAAGGGGCGGGGUCACCAACAAAGUGCGUGGGGCCAAAGAGUGCUGCCUCACAUCUUUCGGAAAGUGAUGGUGUUUGCUCCUCAGAGGCUCAAGCCUCUACGUCAAGUUCAGCAUUGAACUGCCUCACCUGUCCCGUGUGUUCCAACCAGGUUAGCACAGACGAUUUGAAUGUCUUCAACAGCCACAUAGACCGGUGCCUUAGUAAAGGUGAGCUCCAUAUUUUGGACUCAAAGUCAGAUUUCAACAAGGACCAUAAAGACAGUGAGGUGCUGGGUACUGAGGCACAUGACGACCGCGUAAAUAAUAAAGUAAACUCAAACAAACAUGACGAACACCACUUGACAAAUGAUUGUCCUCACGCGGCCCGGUUGAUCAAUGGUGACAAGGGAACAGUGACCUCGUAUCAGCCUCGGGCGUGUCACAAUGAAGGUACCGUCCUCGUCUGCCCGGUGUGUCAGCUGACCCAGGACACAAAUGAUCUCACUGUCUUCAAUCGCCACGUUGACCUCUGCCUGAACCAGGAAGUGCUGCACGAGAUGGGGACAUCACCCCCCGUUGAAGUCGCAAAGAGCAAUAAUGUAAUCGACAGAAGCAUUCCUCCUCCGAGACAAGCGGGCAGAGGUAAAAGCAAAAGAAAAGACUCUCCCUCAUAUGUACCCUCUAAAAAGGCCAAAGGUCUUGGCCCGCACAACACCAUUGACAAGUUCUUCAGGUGACUGCACGUCAUGCACAAAGGUGAUUUGGAAUGAUGAGGUCGGAGGAGCUGGAAAAAAUUAUUGCACUCAAAUACACAUUGAGAUGAAAUUGUUACUGUAUGAAACCAUUUUUGUUGAUCACUCUUGUAGUCACAAAAGAAUCGAGACGAGGAAGAAAAUGCAUGGAUGUAUGGAAAUACUGGGAAUACAUUAUUUAAUGACCAUGUUGUACGUCAGUGCUAAUAUAUGUUCAUCACUGAAAAUUUAUUUUACUGUGUUGCAUUGAUAUUGGUAAUAUUUAUUACACGCUGUUUGUCUUUUUAAAUAUUUUAUUUAAUGUUUAACAAUGAAUGAAUGAUUCAAAUGUAGCAAUGCAGUUGCAAAUAAAUCACGUUUUAUGUUUGAAUCUAUGAUUUGUAAAAUCUGAUUUUAAAAAAGUGGCUAGUUUUUUGUGUUAGAUG